UCACUGGCUCCGGAGGCUAGGACACAGUGGGUGGACUGGCCUGCGUCUUCUUGGCCUUCAGUUCUUAGGGACCUGACCUGUGCCCCUGUGUACACCUUCUUCCCCCUCGCCCGGCCCCUCCCAACCGCGCCCAAGGAGACAGACCCCAGGGAGUUGUUAGAUCAGGCCCAGAAGGUCCAACAAUCUUCCCACCCCCACACACUGACACUCGGGGAGGUGACCUGUGACCUGCCAGAAUCUCUAUCCACUCCAAGUCUUGGAGCCCCGCUGGAGAUGGCGGCUCCUGGGAUGGGCAGAUCACAGCCGCUGCUGCCCAUGAGAAGCCUUUGGAAGCAGCAGCUGGAAGCCUUGGGCGCUGACCACUAUGUGCUCACUGUCCCCUUCCUGGCCCAGUUCCUCACCUUGUCUUCCUCCUCUUCAUGCUGCUCUGGUACUUCUGUGGCUCAGUGUGGCUGUCCCUAGACUGGGCCAGGCCUAAAUAUGGUGAAAGGCUCAGCAUGUGGUGAGGACGUGGACAAUUUGGAAACACCAAAGAGAUUAUUGUCCUAUCAAGCCAGUGAACACAGGACAGCUCCCCCCGCCAUGAGAAUAGGUACCCACAUGGGCUUCCGGGCACUGGGCUCUUCUGUGACAGCUCCAUGGGCGUCAGUGGCUUCUCCCAGCACUUCCCUGGGCUUCGAUCUUCUCAACACUUCUGUCUUCCGGCCUUUGGAGAAAGUAUCACGUUCCACAGUGAGCCUCGAGCUGAAGCCUGGACUGCAUCCUGUCCCAGCCCCAGCUCAGGCGUGUUGUCAUCAGGAUGUCCAGGAAGCCCUGUACACAGUCCCAGGGGAGAAUCCCUGGGAACACAGUGGCUUCGUGUGCUGGGCGCUGAGGCUUGGGGUGCCACGCAGGCACACAGCCCUCAGUGCACGAGCCUUUGGGAGACACUGCUGGAAACCGAGGCAGCCCCUCUCCUUUCGCCGCCCUGUGGGGCCCCCCGAUGCCCUGUACUCGGGAGAGAAGGACAUCUUCACUCCGAAGGCACCAGGUCACCUUUGGGAGACUUGUGACCUGCUCUCUGCGCCUCUUCUCAGCCACUCCUGGGAUCUGCUGCUUUGUGCCUGUCACUACUUACAAGCACCCCCUCCCCACAAGGCUCGCCCCAACCCUGUGCCCCAGAGUGCAGACCCACCAGGGGCAAGUGGGCCCUGAUCACAGGCUUUAUGGGAAGGCUCUGCAGCAGCUGUUCUCAGACCACAGGAAGGCUGUGGUGCCCUGAACCUGACACAGACAUCUGCCUCCUGCCGCACUCCAUCCAUCAAUAAAUGCGCGUCCCUGUACGCUUGCCCCA